AUGAUAACAGGCAUCCACCACAUCAAUCUCGUGGUACCGCCCUCGACCCUCCACCUCGCCAACGAAUUCUACUCUCAAACCCUCGGCCUCACACCACGCCCCGUACCCCAUCUCCAGCGUGAAACACUCGCAUGGUUCGAUAUCGGCACCUCAGGCCAGCAAGUGCACGUAGCGGUUGGCAAGCCCGAGGACUUUGCUCACCACUCCUCACGCCAUCCCUGUUUCCGGGUUGGCAGCGUAGAAGCGCUGAACGAACUACAAACGAGGGUAUGGGAGCAUUUUGAGAGGAAAGGCGAGAGCGCGCCAUUAAUGGCUGACAAGCCUGGUGCGAAGAACAGUGGGACGGAGGGCAUUGAGUACCCGACGAGGUUCUUUGCACGAGACUUUGUGGGGAAUAGGUUAGAGUUUAGUGUGUGA